UUUAUAUAUUCUGAUCUGACAUCCUACAUUCCGAACAAAUCUGGGUCACCACUGAAAUGUGGUCUGUUGGAGCUGAAUCCAGGAAUUGCAGGAGCUCUGCCUUCAGACGGACCUGAAGCCGGAACCACCUUCGUCCCCGGACCCUUCCAGGCCGACCCAGAGCCGAACCAUUCCUAUAAAUGUGUUUAUUUCUAGUAUAAAGUUGUUUAUUUUUACUUGCAUGUCAAGGAAAGAUGUCUCACAUCUGAAGUCAACCCCUAGUGGUCAUUUGAGGAAGCGCACUUCUCACAUUUGCAUCAGAAAGCAAGUUGCCGAUAACUCGCGCACAGAGCUCGGAAGUUGCUCUACUACAGAAAACACAUUUUACUUGACUGACAACAAAGCUUCCCGCGACUUCUCACGUUUUUCAAUCUCAAUAUUACAACUACACGAUGUCUUUCGUCCCAGGUCAACCAGUGACAACUGCUGUGGAACGAAUUGAGAUCCAGAAGUUGCGUCAUGAAAAUAAUCUGAUCCUGGGCUUCAGCAUCGGAGGAGGUAUCGACCAGGAUCCCGGACAGAACCCCUAUUCUGAGGACAAAGCCGACAAAGGUAUCUAUGUGACCAGGAUAACGCCAAAGGGGCCGGCAGAUUACGCGGGCCUGAAGGUUGGAGACAAAAUAAUGCAGGUGAAUGGGUGGGACAUGACCAUGGUGACUCAUGACCAGGCUCGGAAAAGACUAACAAAGAAGAGAGAGGACGUGGUGCGAUUAGUGGUAACCAGGAAGUCAUUGGAAAAAGUUGUAAAACAGUCUAUGACCACUUACCCUGGACCGCAGUAUAGUGGCAUGACAAACUUGUCAGAGGUUGAUAUUUCCCCCAGUUUGUGUUUCUGUUUUGCCCCGCCUGUCUUCCAUCUGCCCUGAUUGUUCACACCUGUGUCUCGUUACCCCCUUGUGUAUGUCUGGUCUUGUCUUUCCCUUGCUCCUUGUAGUUCCGUCCUGUUUCUUUCCUCCAUGUGUCCUGCCAAGUUUUUGCUCAAGUUUUUUGGAUCCCUGUUUUGUGUGACUUUUGAACCCACCAAGC